AUGAACAAUGUUCAACAAGGAGAACAUGAAGAUGCAUCUAUUUUUCAACAAAGACCUUUGCUGCAGAUAGGAGACGAAGAAGAAUGGCUAAGACGCAAUGGUCUGAUGGAAGAACCACACCUCGGUGCUGCAUCUGAAUACAACCAGUCCGAAGCACGUCGCAGGGUACAAGAGCAAUUUAUCUAUCAGAAGAAAGUUCACAACAAGCUCUUUGAAAAAGAGAACCGGGAAGAUCAAUCCCUUGAAGAAGACCGACAGAACCGGUUGAACGAUUGGAAGGAAGAAACCAUAUCUUUGGUAACAGCAGACAUGAAAGAGGAUGCGCUAGCUGUAAACUUGGCUAUGCUGGCGUCACAUUCUGAUACCGUAUUCACCAUGGCCGAAUCCAGAGCCCACUAUGGUAGCUCGUCGUUGUCUCUUUCCUUGCCAGAAUAUUCGUCCGAAGCUGUCCAUGCUUUCUUGAAUAUGCUGCCGGAGAUCAAUCUCUCUGCAGAAGAAUCGACCAUUCAUUACGACCACAUCAUGGAUGCGUGCCGAUUAGCGCAUUACCUACAAUGUAAUGAACUGCUGGAAAAGAUUGUCAAGAUCGUAAUUGCUGAAAUUGAUUCUGCAAACUGCCUUUCUUUGUGCCAACUUGCGGACCAACUGGCCCUUCCCAGCCUAAUGGAAGCAAGUCUUAGCUUCAUCAUGAAGAGUCUUUCAUCCCUCGAGACACACGAAGUUUGGAAUGAAAUAGGGUCUGAACUUCGAGACCAGAUCCAAGCAAUCAAAGCGAUUCUCAAGUCCAACAACCGGAGGGACUUGUUUUUUUCUAGUUUUACUGAGUACGUGGCUGUAUUCGCGGAGCAGGUUCAGUACUAUAAAGAACGGCUAGCGGAAGCGAGAAUGCAACAGGAGCGACAUGAUCAAGACUCUCCAGCCUGGGCAUACACUCAAGACAAAAUCAACCGGCAGGCAGAACGAGUGGAAACUUUAAAGAUUAUGUUGGCAGAGCAGAAACGCAUUUUCUUGCCACGACCAGAUGGUGAUGUACCUCGAUUCAAGAAGAACCGAAAAGUACAGAGCCAGGACUCUGUGUAA